ACUAUAAAUACAACAACCCAACCAUAAAUAUCGCCCUUCCCUUUAGCGUGAGAACAAAACUCCAACAAGCAAACCCUAACCCGAGCCUUAGGACAGAUUUUCAUUUUCGUUUCUCACUCAAGGUCAAGGAGCAGUGAGACAACGCCAUGGAUGACGAAGUGCGCCAGAUCUUCAACAAGUUCGACAAGAACGGCGACGGAAAAAUCUCUAUCACAGAGCUGCGAGACAUGCUCGGCACGCUCGGAUCCAAAACCACGAAAGAGGAACUGAAGCGCAUGAUGGAGGAGCUCGACAAGAACGGCGACGGUUACAUCGAUCUCAAGGAGUUCGCGGAUUUCCACUGCAAUGACGCCGGAAACGACGACUCGAAGGAGCUCCGCGACGCGUUCGAUCUUUACGACGUCGACAAAAACGGCCUCAUCACUGCGAAGGAGUUGCACGACGUGCUCCGCAAGCUCGGCGAGAAGUGCUCCCUUAGCGACUGCCGGAGAAUGAUCAGCAACGUUGACGCCGAUGGCGACGGCAGCGUUAAUUUCGAGGAAUUCAAGAAGAUGAUGGCUCGCUCUUAAAAUCAUCGCCACUCCAUUGUUAAAAGGUGUUAGGUUAGGGACUGAAGAUUGAAGAAUGAAGAAGUAGUAGUAGAAGUAAAAUUUGUAGGACUAAGUUCACUAGUUAUUAUGAUAAUAACUCUUGUUUUUCAUGGAAAACCUAUAGAUGUUUUUCAUAGAAAACCUAUGUUGUUUUUUUUAAUUCCAUUUUCACUGCACUAUUAUUUUUCAAAUAUGAAUCGAGUUACUAUUCUUAA